AAACCCCAAAUGUCCGUGCCUGCCUACCAUAUCCGUUCACUCUUAUCUCCCUGGGCAAAGGCAAAAAAAAGCUUAUCUUCUUCUUCUCACAAUCAAGAGUAGUGAGUUCCAAAAGAGAUUCAAAAGUCGCCGAGGGCACAAUGGCGUCUCUCUCCAUGGCUUCCGUUAACAUCACCUUCUCUCCUUUACGCUCGUCCCCAAAGGUUUCCGUUCAAUUCCCUCGGUCGAGUCUUGCUCUUGCCUCAACUCACUGCAUUUCUGGGAUUCGCGCGGUUCUUCCUCAGAAGAUAUCCACCGUUGUCUCUCCGAGUUCUCAGAGGCUUCAGACUCUCACCGUUUUCGCUCAUAAGGGCUACAAGAUGAAGACCCACAAGGCCUCAGCGAAGCGGUUCAGGGUGACGGGUAGGGGGAAGAUAGUGAGGAGGAGAUCCGGGAAGCAGCAUUUGUUAGCUAAGAAGAACAACAAGAGGAAGCUCCGUCUUUCCAAAAUGCAUGAAGUGAGCCGCAGUGACUAUGACAAUGUGAUCGGCGCUCUUCCCUACCUGAAAGUCAACCGUAAGGCGACUUAAGCAGAGCCGGCUUGACCCUUUUCUUACCUGCAUUUCUCAUUUUGUAAUCUAAGUUAUGAUAAUACUCUCUUUUGUUUUGUGAUUUUUUGGUCAAUUAGUUGAUCCUUCUUCCA